AUGUACACAUUGGAAGAGAACGAAGUCAAAUGGCGCAUUCAAAAUGGUAGAUGGCCAAUGAAUCAGAGUUUAAAAGAAAUAGAUGACGAUCCGAACGCCUGGCUAAUCUGCAAUCUCAUCUUGCGGCGGAGCCAAGGCCGAUCUCCGUCUGCAGAUUGGUACGAUGAAAAAGACGAUUCUAGCUAUCAUAUUACGGACGCUCCUAUGCCUCCGCCCAAGGCUACUUAUCACAAACGCUCAACGAGACGUUUCCGGGCCGGGGGUGACAUUCCGCUGGUAGGAAUUCUAGAUGCACGUACCUGGAUGAACAAUUCGGCGACAUGGAGCAUUGGGUAUAGCGGCGUUUUGAAAAUGGGCUUUAUUCAUUUACAACAUGAUCUCACACAUCAAUCCGUAACGCUGAACUGGGAGAAUGUCAUAACGGCUGUGAAAGAUUCUUGUUUUGAAUUGUCGAAAAUAAAAGGGGAUAAGAUUGAGAGCGUUGAAGGAAAAGGCAUUAUGGAUCUGGUUUUGCCGACGUCUUACGAGCUUGGGGUAAGUCCCUACGACCCAGCAGGCAUGCUAGCUAGCUGGGAAAGGACAGCAUUAGCACCUGGGUUAUCGGAGUUCUGUUUCGCGCAUAACAGCUUGUGGCCUCAUCAUAUUAUUCUCAUGGACUAUCCCAAUGGAGGCUAUUCGGAUUUACGAGUUCCAACCAUUGGGCUUACAAGUUGGUCGUUGGCGGGAUUUGUACCGAAAGUGUGGGUUCGUACGAAAUUUGUUGUGGAUCAGAUGUACGAUCUGUCGCCAGUUCAAAUGCUGGAUGUAAAAUUGCACUCGGGUGUUAGGGCAGAUGAAUUACACAAGUAUAAGUGGAGCGCCUUUAGAGGGCUGGGAAGAGCGCCAUAUAAUAUGCCAGAGAUCAGGGCUCUUUACUGGAGAGCUAAUCCUAUGGCCGCCCAAAUCAGGGGAACGGACUUUAUUGAUGGGAGGAGUGCUCUCAUGAGCUACGGAGGCGAGGAUGCUGAAGCUUACCUUGCACAGGAGGAGGAAGAGGAACGGGAGCGGAGGCGGAAUAGGCCCGGAGAAAGAUGA